AUGAGUCGACCACUGUCCGUGGAAGCUCCUGAGCUGGAAAGUGCAAGAAAAAGGAGGAAAUUGGAAACUGGCACGGCUUCAGCAGAAGAAGCUGGUGAUUCAAGACCAUAUCCUUUGUCAGUAACAAGCAUAGAGAACCAUUUUGAAUUCAAGUCAUCAACAUAUCAUUCGGCAAUCCCCGUAGAAGUUCUCGAGAAUCCAGACGAACCAGUUGUCUUGGGAGUAGAUGAAGCUGGCAGAGGUCCAGUUUUGGGUCCAAUGGUGUAUGGCAUUGCAUUUGCAUUGGAGAAGUAUCUGACAAGAUUGCAGAAGGAAUAUGGGUUUGCCGAUUCCAAGACUUUAAAGGAAGAGAAAAGAGAUGAACUAUUCUACAGCAUAGAGGAUGAAGCGAAUGAGCUUAACAGAAAUGUUGGCUGGGCUACUACUACGAUGACAGCUAGAGACAUUUCUUCAGGGAUGUUACGUUCAGUUUUGGGAAUAGGCAACUACAACUUAAACGAACAAGCCCACGACACUACCAUUCAGCUUAUCAAGGAAGUUAUUGCCAAAGGAGUUAAUGUGAAGAAAAUCUACGUAGACACAGUAGGUCCCCCUGUGACGUACCAGGCCAAAUUGCAGAAGAUAUUUCCAGAAACGGAAGUUACGGUUGCGAAAAAGGCAGACAGUAUAUAUCCCAUAGUAAGUACUGCUUCCGUGAUGGCCAAGGUGACAAGAGACGCCAAUAUCAGGUGGUAUAACCACAAUUUGGAUGUGUUGAAGGGCCACAAAUUGGGUUCAGGCUAUCCCAGUGACCCCAAUACCAGCAAGUGGCUCAAUGGUAAUGUCGACAAGGUUUUUGGCUGGUGCUACGGGUUUAUUCGAUUCUCAUGGCAGACAGCCAAGGACUCGUUGGUGAAACACGACGGGGUAGAGGUGAUUUACGAAGAUGAAUGUGUAAAGCAGGACAAUGGAUAUGGCAAUGUCAGCGAGUAUUUCAGCCAUAAGGACGAGCCUGUGAGAGGGAGCAUCGAUAAGUUGUAUUAUAGUAGCGGAGUGAAACUUUGA